AUGAGCAAUACACCCGAACGUCCACUGGGUGAAUUGGUCACAAACACAAAUCCAGCACCAUGGCCUUCAAAGGAGAUUACUAUGCAAGGCAAAUACGUUACUCUGGAGCCGAUAUCACCAAUUCAUGCUGAAGCACUCUUCCCACUCAUCGGGGGUACUGUAAAUCAAAGACUGUGGGACUACAUGCCCUACGACCCAUGCCCGAGUACAGUCUCAGCUCUCCAUGAAGAUAUGGUCAACAAAGCCGCUUCUAAAGACCCGACCUUCUACACCAUCCUCAAACAUGUCGGCGACAAGAAGGAAGCAGUAGGCUGGUGCUCCUACCUCCGUAUCGAACCCAAAAACCGUGUUAUUGAGGUUGGACAUUUGAUGUUUUCGUCAGCACUGCAAAAGUCCGUUGCUGCUACAGAGGCUAUGUACUUGAUGGCCAAGUAUGCGUUUGAGAUGGGCUAUCGUCGGUAUGAGUGGAAGUGCCAUAGUCUCAAUGCGCCAAGCAGGAGAGCAGCGGCGAGAUAUGGGUUUGUGGAGGAAGGCACUUUUAGACAGGCGCUGAUUGACAAGUAUGGAAGGAAUAGAGAUACCACUUGGUUUUCUAUGCUAGACUCGGAGUGGGACAACAGGAAGAAGGCUUUUGAGGCUUGGCUGGACGAGAGCAAUUUUGAUGAGCAGGGUAGGCAGAAGAAAAGGCUGGAAGAGUUUAGAGUAUGA